GAUAAUCUCUGGAGAAGUAGCACUGUUUGCACUAUGGAAGUAACUUCGCUUGUCUUUUUAUCCCUCCUAAUUUCUGCAGGGACUACUGGAAAACUCAUUUCACGUGAUGAAAUUUCUUCAAGCACACUUCUGUCCUGGUUCGAUGAUGGAAAGGAUCUGCUAAGGAAGAGUAUUCAGAGUUUGCAGGAGAAAUCAAAAUUCAUCACCAAAGGAGAAGAGGAGAGUUUCCAGGAAGAGCAGGAACUAGAACCCAGACUUGGACCCCAUUACCUUACACGACAGAACCAUGGUGAAGAACCACCUUUGGACAUGUCAGACACUGCUGACCCACUUAGAAAGAACACAGAUCAAGAAGGCUACAAAGAAGAUGUUAAAGUAAGAGUAAUGCUGGCUGUGUCAUGUACAACUCUUAUCUGCUCCUUCAUGUUUGUGUCAUGCUGUUUUAUAGCUUUCAUCAAGUACAGAAUGAAAAAGGGGAUUUUUUGUGAUAAACUCAGAUGCUCACAGGAAAAAAACAGAAACAAUCUCCCUCUGUUUUCGCAUGGCUUCUGGCCGCUGCCGGAGGCAGAGCACUGGGGCAGACGCUCCUGGUGCGAACUCAUCCCGACUUUUGCUUCCGUCGACAGGAGCUACUGCGUUCAGGGCAGGAGGACAGGCCCGCAGAUCCAGGAGGCCUCUCGACGAAACGCUGGCUCUCCUUCUGUCCGGCCCAGAGGGCUCCUGCCGGCAGCCUUGACACCCAGCUGA